GAAGUUUUGAAAGUGGUUUGAGUGAACGAAUCGGGAGCUGAAACGGUACUCCAUGGCUGUCCCAGGUCCGAAUAAGGAUAACAUCCGCGCUGGAUGCAAGAAGUGUGGCUACCCUGGCCACCUGACGUUUGAGUGCAGGAACUUUGUGCGGGUGGACCCGCGGAAGGACAUCGUCCUGGACGUCAGCAGCACCAGCAGCGAGGAGAGUGACGAGGAGGAGCAGGACGCUCCGCGCAGUGAACGGCUUCCCAGCCGCAGCAACACCAAGGGUUCUGAAGAGGAUGCCAGUAAAGGACAGCACAAAAGAAAAAGCAAAGACAAACACAAAAAGAUGAGAAAGAGGACUUACUCGUCAAGCGACGAAGAGGACAGGAAGGCAAAGAAACACAAGAGCCACAAGAAGAAAGGCAGAAAGGAAAAGAAAGAGAAGAAGGAGAAACGACACAAGAAAGGGCACAAAAAGAAGGAGAGGCAUUCCUCGUCGUCCGACAGCUCCAGCAGCUCCUCGGAUAGUGACUGAAGGAGGAGUACUGUGCGGAGUGAGAGCACGCAGAAGACGUCCAGUGCAGCUU